GCGGGGGACCGUCUCGGGCGCCUUCGUGUUUGAUUUGCUGGAGGGGCAACAAGUGGUAGGGGUGGCGCGUGUCGCGAGGUGGUUGGGGCCACUCGCUCUUGCGGUUCUGAGACGCGGCAGGCUCGCAGCCGCCGUCGAGGUCAUUUCUCUCUCUCUCUCGGCGCUCGUUUUUGAAAAGUGAAGGUGAAAAAAAAAAGGGGAGGUUGUUUCAUUACAGAUAACCGCUGUCGAAGAAGGCAAGGGGGGACGACGGAUUUGUGUCGCAGAAAUAAAGAGGUUCUGAGUUGCCACAGGAACUGAUUUAUAAGGCCCGGUUGCCCUGCAAUGCUCUUUCAAUAAAGGAAAUAGAGACAACCAAAGCCUUGACGUUCAAGGGACAAGCUCGAGUGUCAGCAUGAACUCAGACAGAACCUUCAGCAGUAAUGGAUUACCCCACAAUGGUUCUCUCGGUGUAGGUGGCGAGGCGCCGGUCCGCACGCAUCCCCGAUCCGUGUCGGCUCUUACCAUUAACGUCAAGCGAGUGCAAAGCACACCUGAUAUUCCGCAAUGCACAGAGGGUGGCGCGGUCAAGGUGAUCAGUGGGAAGGGGUCAGUGACCCUGAGACCCUCUUCGUAUGGGGGUCAGCAGGGUCGCCGCAGCAAGACUGACAGCUGGGAAACUUGGACUGACUCGAACCUCACAAGUCCUGAUCACCAAUCAAGUGAAUCAGACCGCUGGGGCUCCGGUCCCGUGUCCCCUGCUCCAUUCGGAGCAGCGAACGGGGACGGGGGAAACUCCUCGCUGGCGGCCAAAGGCUUCCGCAGCGUGCGGCCCAACCUCACAGCCGCUGAGAAGAAACAGAGCCGCUCCGGUGCGGCCACGGCCGGCGGUAAGCGCGCGCCGCUGGCGCCCUUCCGACCCGAGCCCGGCGUCGCUCCCGCACCCACUCAGUCGUUUGUUGAGAUUGGAAACGCGGAGGUCACUCCCUCCGAGCGGAAGAUUUCCUCGAUCAAACUUGCCCCCGUCAAAACCACCGUCACCACCACCACCAGCAGCAGCAGCGGGGGUGGCGGAGGCGGCGGUGGUGGCACCCCCGCCACGGCUGUGGACAAGGAGAAGGUAGUGGACGCCCUGACGGACGCGGCUAACCGCGUCGGCAAGGAUUUAGUCGACCGGCAAUUUGCUCCGCCGAUGCAAGGAUCUCGCCAGGGUGUGACCCCAUCUCAUCAGCAGCUUACGGGAUUGGGCAGUGUGAAAGUGACCGUCCAAUCGGAAAGUGCCCACCGCUCUCGGGACGCCGGCCAUUCGGAGCAGGCCUCAUCGCCCGUGCCGCCACUGGUGCCGGUCGGGCCGCGGGACUACGGGCCUCUCGGCGGCCCGCCCGGCCACCCGCCGGCCCCCGUGAGAAAUGAGUCGCCGGCCUCGGCGCCCGAUCGCUUCCCCACGCUCGACGACUUUAUCCCGCCGCACCUGCAGAAAAAGCUGUCUCCCGCUGACGGUCACUCGCACUCGCUUCUCGAGCCCGAAUGGGAGGUGUCAUCGCGCACCGUGAGCGAGUCGUCCACGGCUGUGCUGGAUGACCUCCUCCCGCCACUCGCUUCCGAGGUCACGGACCACUCGGUCACCCCCUCACCAACUCUCACGGAGGAGCGCGCCCUCACGCCUGCCCACCAAAACGACGGGCAGGAGUAUUCCGACGGUGCCUUGAAAAGUAGCUUUUCACCGACGCACAAGUACACGAGUUACCAGAGCUCAUUCAGCACCACCUCGUCACAGCCGCAGAACACACAAGACCGGGUGAUGUACACGCCCACGGAGAAGCUUCCGGCGGGCGCCGUGUACCAGACGAAGACGUUUGAGGGCGGCACCGUGCACACCGACACGUUCUACCCAGCCGCCGGCAUGUCCAGCGAGGAGAAGAAGGUGACGGUGCUCAAGGCUCCACACUACCCCGGCAUCGGGCCUGUGGACGAGAACGGCGUCCCCAUCGCCGUCCGUACCACGGUGGACAAGCCCAAGGACUGGUACAAGACCAUGUUCAAGCAGAUUCAUACGGUGCACAAAGCUGGAGAUGAUGACUUUGAACACUACACGCCCACUUCUGCAGACUGGGAAAGCACCUCCUACGGGGGCCCGAGCAGCCCCAUUCAGAAGCACACGGCGGCGCCGGCGCAGAUGUACAUGCCACGGUCGCGCAGCUUGGCCGACGGCCUCGACGCGGACCCGCGGCCCCAGCAGAGCGGCGGAACGCCGCCCGCGCGCCCCGCGCCUCCCACGUCGCGCUCGUACUCCGACUCGGAGAGCUGGCGCAGCGGCGACGCGAACAAAGACGCGGGCAGGGAGGCGGCGGCGGCUGACGAGGCGCGGUUCGGACGCACGCUGCCCUCGCCCACCAAGAACGCGUGGGCACCGCCCGACACCAAGGUGGACACGCGGCGAUACCGCGCCGAGCCGCGCAGCAUCUUCGAGUACGAACCGGGGAAGUCCUCCGUCCUGCAGCAGCAGAAACAGACUCUGCUGAAGGCGUUCGAUCCGAUGCCGUACCCCGUGCCACCCGAGCCGAGGGAGCGCGUCUCGUCCGUGCGCGACCGAGGGCGGGAGCCUCACGGCGCCGACGACACCGGAGAGAUAAGGCGAAUUAGUCCCGAAGAGAUAGACCUAGAGAAUGAACCGUGGUAUAAGUUCUUCUCCGAACUGGAGUUUGGUCGUCCGCCUCCUAAAAAGACUUGGGACUUUGGAUCGGGAGACACUGUCACCCUUUCUGUGGAGGAUAGAAAGAAGGAGCUGCACAACAAGCUUCUGAGAAACCAGGCUGAGCUAGAGUCAGUUUUGCGACAGGCCGAGGAGUUUUACAAAGAGCAGGAUAGCAGAGUGUACAAGUUUUCAGUUGGCACUCUUCGAAUCCCACCCAAACAGAAUGCGAUCUACAAAUCCUUCUCGGAGAAAGCUCAAGAGAGACCUCACAGCUCGCUGGGCUCGAGACAGUGGCCGUGCGAGGGCUCAGGAGGCCGCCCUUCCUCCAGUGCCUCCUCCACGCUCUCCCCACCGUUGCCCAGAGACUCUGAUCUCGCGCGGCCACACUCGGCCCAGAGCUUCAGCUACGGCACCGGCAGCAGCAACGCCUUCCUUGACCGCCGGGGCACGCCGGAAGAUCUGAUGCGUCGGCACAGCAGGGAGAUGCGACAGCCAGCGAGGGCAAAGUAUGACUUCAAAGCUCAAACACAAAGGGAGCUCUCAUUCCAGAAGGGAGACAUUGUGUACGUGACUCGCAAGAUCGACAAGAACUGGAUUGAGGGGGAGCGCCACGGAAGAGUGGGAAUCUGCCCGGCGUCAUAUCUGGAAAUGCUGCCACCCACCGAGAAGCCACAGCCCAUGAGACAGCCGCCGAUCCAGGUGCUGGAGUACGGUGAGGCGGUCGCGCGCUACAACUUCAAUGCCGACACAAACCUGGAGAUGUCCUUCCGCAAGGGGGAGUGCAUCACUCUGAUCCGCCGCGUCGACGAGAACUGGUACGAGGGUCGCGUGCCGGGCACCAAUCGCCAGGGCAUCUUCCCGGUCUCCUACAUCGACGUGGUCAAGCGGCCACGCGUCAAGAACGGCGUGGAGUACCCAGACCCACCGCCGCCAGCGCAGCGAGCACAGUCGGGGCCACAUCCCAAAAACCCAACCCCUCCGCCCCUCCCUUCCUCCUACCUGCCAAGCCACCCCGUCAACCCGAAAAAGGCAGCCGAGCUCCAGGCCGUCACGUCCGAGUGGAUCAUGCUCACGCUGGGCGUGUCGCCCCAGAACACCCCGACCCCGCCACCCCUCCCCUACCCCGACGCGUUCAUUAACGAGCCCUCCCCCGAGCCCGCCCGCGCCUGGGACGGCGGGCGCUACGGUAGCCUGAGCCCCGUUCGCGGUCACUUUCCACCGCCGAGCAAAGGCGACGAAUUCACGCUCCGCGAGCCCGUUUCGGCCGGGGGCUACUCCGUGUCGCCCAGCAGCCCGCCCGCCAUCCGUGUCACGCCAUCCUCUCCGCAGCAACUGACUCCCCAGCAGCUGACUCCUCGGCAAGGUCGCCCGACGUCACCUUGCAAUGACGCUGCUGGUGCUGCAGCUGCUGAACAACGAUCCAGGGUCAUUCGCUUUUCUGACGAAGGCAGAGCCAGUGACGUCGCAGCAUCGGCAGCGGCGGCAGCAGCAGAGCGAUACUCCAGCCCGGCCAGCCGGCAGGCUCUGGCAAAUCCGAAUCAAAAUCAGAACGCGCACACCAGCGGGAAGCCUCAGCAGCACUCGAACGCGGGCGGCAAGGUACCAAGCGCCGAAACCAACGCCGCGAGUCACGUUGAAAGUCGGAGCGAGGUCACAAGUCAGCAGAGAAUCGCCACUCCUUCCGCAGAGCAUUCCCAGGACGGCGGUAUUCCCGCGAGCGCCCUCCAGUCCUACUACGUGAAGCAGCCCUCUCAGCCGUGUCAGCAGAGGCCGUCGCCCGAACAGGACGUUCACACGAAGGCAGGGCCAGCCAUCGAUGCUCAGGCCCCGUCGAGCAGUAGCGGUGCACAGAAGUCCUCCGCGGAGGCCGGUCAGCAGAAGGAGGCGUUGGACUUUUGCUCGGCCCAGGAGCACGCCGUGGAUGGGCUCAUGCAGCUCCUCAUCAGGGAGGAGCACCACGAGGAGGUGAAGUCAGUGUGUUACUCUGGGAAUGUGGAGAGCAGCCAGAGCCACGAGCAAGCCCUCCAUGCUGGCACGGGAUCCCACCCUCUGUCCACUCACACCUCCACGUCCCCGUGUGUCUCCUCACACCCCCCACCCCCUCCACCUGCCCACACUGGCGUCAGACUAUCACAGAAAAGUGAAUUUAGACCGGCCAGGGUCAAGUCGGAGAGCAUGGUGACGGGGAAACCACCGCUGAGCCCCGUGGCGUCGCGCCGAUCCACUGACUCGCCAGUCCGCGGACGCGCCGGCUCCCCCGGACGGAAUGUCCAAGGUGAUUUGAGUUCAUCACCAGAGCUCACAGAGUGCGAACAGAGCUAUGUGCAGCAGCAAGGACCCGGAUCACAGACAAUCCACGACAGCUUUUACACUGCUGCCGAACCGUUCCAAGCCAUGUACAACUACCGGCCACAGAACAAGGAUGAGAUUGAGCUGACGGAGGGCGACAUUGUGGACGUCAUUGAGAAGUGUGAUGACGGGUGGUAUGUAGGUACAUCCAGAAGGACGAAACUCUUUGGCACCUUCCCAGGAAACUACAUGAAGCCCACACCAUGUUAAUCCCGGGGCAUUAGGCUUUUAAACACCAUCGUGAAACCGCAUUUGUAUCUCUUUUUUUCUAACAAAAAAACCCCCCUUCAAACGGAUACCUAUUCGUAAAGGAAAUGAUUAUUAUUAUUAUUGCAGUUGUAUUUUCGGAUAGCGUCGUCAGUUGUAAUUAUCAUUGUAAUCAAGGUCCCAGUAAUCAUAAGCCUCGCCGUUGAUGUAAUCUUCAUUACAGUACAGUACUUCAUUACUCUGCCACUGUCUUGAGUCUGCAAUUUUCAGAGCAGUGUCUCAUCUGCAACAACAACAACAGCCACCAGAAAACAAAAAGUGACUCAUUCUAAAACAUAGCACGAGUUGCCUUAAUUUAUGUCUAUUAUGACUGCUAGAAUCACUCCAAACAUUUGUCCCUUUGUGGGAAUAUACUAAAAAUAUCCACAUAAAGAAAUCAGUUAAUGAGCUGUAAUUAGCGAAAUGUUCUUUCAAAACGUAUAUUUAUUAUUAGUAUUUGUUUACUUGCUUCCAUUGUACAAAAUACCCAUUUGAGACACUGGAGCCCAAGGCAUGAAGCGGUUUUUCAUCACAAUUCUGCCCCAUUUUGGUGACAUGAUGGGCCGUCUUCCAGAAGGUUGGCCCGCAUUCAGGGCUAGGCCGUUUGAAUUUCGCAGUCUAUGAGAGGCCCCCUCCAAGACCGGGCGAACCAAAUUUUCCACUGGUGGAAUGGCUCAACUCAAAAGAGACAAAAGUAUUUUUUUAUAUAUUGCUCUUUAUUAUUACUCUUAUAUGUGUGCGUGGGCAUAUGUUCAUAAUCAUCAUCGUCAGGCAUUGAGUAACACGACUUUGUGUCAAUUUAGUAGUGGUUGCCCAAUUGGAAGGGGAAGUUGUGAUGGGCUGGGCAUGUGUGCAGGAUGGAGGAGGGCAGGUUGCCAAGACAGACAUUUGAGUGGGCACUUAGAAGUGGGCAACCAGGGUGGCAUUGAGACUGUCAGAAUAGUCCUCCGAGGACUGGUGAUGAUUGUGCAACAGUUAAAGGAACAGACGGGAAGAAGGAUGCAAAUUAUGAGAUGUGAUAUAAGCCUGUGAUGAUAUCUUGACCCGUACAAAAGACAAACACGCAAUUGUGGCAGAGCGAUCAUUAGCACAGUUGGCUGCGUACGGUGCGAAAUAAGUUCAACAUACAUAGAAUUGUGUGUUUGUUGUAUAUGUAUGUGACAAGACUACAGCUGUACUCUGGUGCUGUGGCUUUCGUUAAUCUCUUUUUUGCAGAGUGGGGUUAGCGCCGUGAAAACAUGGCCAUAGCUUCGAGAACGAAUUCACUGUUGUGGAAUGGCUCUGCGGCAGGAGAAGCUAUUUACUCACACACGUACACGUGCGUGCGUGUGGCUGAUUGGAUCCUCAUUGUUUGGCUCCAUCUAAGGCAAAAUUUACUUUCCCCUCGCCUAGCUUAAGAUGGGAUGCAAGGUUUCAUGUGGAAUGGUAGCAGGACGUAUUCCUCCUGGCAAAUUGGUGACACUUUUUUUUUACAUGACUGGGGCAGAAUUGGUUUCCUGGAAUGUACCAGUAGUGGGAUUGUCACAGUUGAAUUGUUCAUGAAUUGGGCUUCAUGUGUUCUAUACAUAUAUAUAAAAGUACAAUACAACAUUGAAAUUGGAAUCCCGAAGGACUUUUAAAGGAUCACAUUGUAAUUUUGAAUGCCUGAAUUAUUACCCUUUGGGUGUUCAUGAUAUUUUGUAAGCUCAUUAACUCAAUUAAACAUUAUUAGAAAAGAGAAUUUACUAAAUAAAAUCAAAACGAUACCAACAGUUUACGUUGGUGUUAUUUACUACUCAAAUGAACGAUUUGUUUGAGACGGUAAAUGGAAAGUGAAAUAAGUACAAGCACAUCAGGGAUAGGGAAGAUAGAAAAAGAAAAGUGGAAGGUGGUUAGAUGUUGAAUGUAAUAAAUUAUUGGAAUGAGGCUUAUUGUGUAAUUUUAUUAAUUAACAAUAUUAUAUGAGUGGCUGGAACUCUGAUCAAUCCCCACCAGCUGGUUAAUGUUAACGUGGAACUUGCAUUGGUUACGUUCCCCAUGAUACUGGUAAAUAUUGUCGAUUGAAAUUCUGUCCAUGUACCAUAGUCCAUUAACCAUCAUGCAAUUCAAAUUUGUAAACCACCAGACCUCAGCUUUGAGACAUUUAUUUUUGUACAAAUUGUAGUAAUUUAGAGCUGCGAUGCUGCAUUAGGAAUUCCUUGUAAAUGUAUCAUAUUUUGUAGCCUUAUGGUAAUAAAAUGCAUUACACAUUAACAAAAAAGCAUUUAAUAUAUAAGUAAUUUUACACUUAAGUAAUACUGUAUGAAAUAUGUUUUAUCGUGUUUAGUGCUUGAAUUAUUAACGUUGCAAAGUUGUGACAAGCAUUUUUUUUUAAACAAAACUCAUCUACCAUCUUUUAUUUUGCGAGCAUUUAAUCACACCGUUGAAAUUAAUACUCGGCGCUAUGUUACAUUGUUAAACAUCCAACAUUUUGCAGUUAUUCGAUCGGCAGGUUGCACGUGGUGGGGUAAAAGUGUGGGUACUCCCACCUCUUCCAAGACGUCUGGCCGGCGUGGAAGAGUAGGCCAAUCACCCUCUAGAGGGGGCUCUGUAGAACUCCGUUUACUAGAGGCUCUAUCCGCCAGCAGCGACGUAAGAAAUUGCAGGGCCGCGCCUUUACCUUCACCAUCAUUUUUGCAGUGUUUGUGAUUCCUGUGUGUCAUACUGCAGUUUAAAGUACACAACUCUUUGUACAGUAUUACCAUCAGCCUUCCUUUCGUGAGGACCACCCUACCCGUUAUUUAUCAAAGGCGUGCGUGCCUUGCAGUCAGCAGAAAGGAAUGUCACAAACAAGUUGUGAACUCUCACGUGUGACCCUCCCACACGCGUGGGCUCGAAUGCCCUUCCUGAAUUCGUCAAGCAAGUUACGUCGUGUUUUCUGUGGGUCAUUACAACACAGGUUGGCUAUGCCUAUGUAUCUAAUUUGUAUAACUGUGCCUUUUGAUUUACCUUUAAGUCUCUUACUGAAUAAAGACUUUGCUUAUUUGCAGCACGUUUGGGAAAGAAACACGUCACUGACUGUAUUCACUACUCGGAGGGGUUUUAAGUUAAAUGAAAUAGGGGUUAUAUAUGCAUGAAGAGCUAGGUGGAUUUUUCACUAUUUACACAUGUAUAGUAAUUGUCUAUUGAAAGAAAAAUCUAUCUUUUUUUUGUUACAUUGUUUUAUGGCCUCGAAGAAGAUGGAUCAGAGGCUAGCCACUACACAGAUAUAUGGAAAGAAAAGAUGUAGUCUGGACAUUGCCAUAAAAUUCAAGAAUGGAUGGAAACAAUUCAAGGACGUAUUGCUUUUCAAACAAAACGCUAAAGUAGAACUGCGAAGGACACGUGGCAUGAAGGACAGACAGCAGAUGGACAACGAGAACUACUUAGCUGGCAACCAAGAGAACAAUUAGGAAUGAUGAGGCCCAGACAUUUGCAAGCUUGAAAUGAUCACAAGUUGCAAAAGAUGGAGUGGAGUCAUUUGAGAGAAUCCUUUAUCAUCCUGCAGCAGACUGAGAAUAGCUGAUGACUUCGUCGAACACGUGUUUAACAAGCACGCCGAUUCACUUUCACUUAAUUAGAAAAACGUGUAACUAGUAUUGCAAAAAAACACUGCACCCCUUGAUGGUAUGUUAUUAUAUAUGCUGUCGCGUAGAAUAGUUUCGGAUGAGCUUAUUUGAACAUUUAAAAUACAGCAAUCGUUGAACUAGAGUUGGGUAAUAAUUUGCUUUUGAAACUUCACUUGCAUAUGAUAUAUGUGGUAUCUGAAUGUAGGAGUGGAUUGCAUAGAAGCACACGACUGCAAAAAUUACAUACUUGUGAAUUUAGUACAAUAUAGCCUAUUUUAUGUUGUUUUGGUAUAGAACAAAUUGCAUUUGUAUUUCUUAUAGCGAGUAAUGUUUCUGUUUUGGCUUGCAAAAUUAUAUACUAUCAGCAUACACUAAAUGUGCUUUAUAGUACUAAAGAGUUUGUCUGCGCAACUUUAUUUUACUUUGCGAAUGUUAAAUGCUAAUUUUUAAAUGAAAAUACAUAUUGUGUAAUCUUGCUGUAGCAAUUCAUACCUAGGCCCAUCCCUCCAAUCAACAAAGUCCCCAUUUACAAAACCUUUUGCCAAUGUAUUGACAAACACUUGGCAAAUAUGAAGUUUCUUUUUGUACAUAUGUGUAAUGAAUAAAUUUGUACAGCAUGAGGUUUUUUUUCGUGUAUAGAAUUUCAAGAUUAAUAUAUAGUUCUGACAGAUCUUUUAGUGACCUUGGCUUAAGACUUUUUUUCUUUGGCAUACAAAGUGGCCUUACAUGGGAAUCGUUUGUCAGAGAUGGCGUUUUUUAUGUUUGUGCUCUGAAGGAAAUGGAAUGCCAAGGCUCUCUGGUAUGAAAACUAAAAAAAACACUGUAUUA